ACCCUAUCCACAAUACCGCUUACAAUUCAACAAGGGAAUCGAUGGUCACUGACAAUAGUAGCUCGCCUGGAGGAAUACUGGCAAUACCUUCUCCAAGUCAGGUGAGCAAUAGUUGUAGCCAAGAGAUGGGGUUGGUGCCGUACUUGCCGGACAAUGCAAAUGAGAUUUUAACUGGGAAGGGUCAACUAUUUGAAAGCCCUGACCUUUUCAAGCAAUCAGUGUUACUAUUUGCUGCAUCCAACAAGUUCAGCUUCACUUAUUUGGAUAAUAGUAGAGCCUACUAUCGAUUGGUAUGUAAAGUACCAGGGUGUCCUUGGAAGCUAACUGCAAAAUGUGAAGGUUCAAGUGAUUUGGUUCGUGUCAUCAUGUUAAGGAAUGAGCACCUACACAAUGCAGAAGAUGCUAGUAAUUAUAAGUUGACCUUUCGUAGUAAACAAGUGGGGUUGCUUUUCAAAAACCGAAUUGUGGACAAGCCUGAAUAUUUGCCGAGGGAUAUUUGCAAGGACUUUGAGCAUGUGUUCCAAUGUCGUCUGAAUUACAGUCAAGGUUGGAGGGCGAAAGAAAAGGCUAAGGAAGCCAUCACAGGACCUCCUUCGAUGACUUUCCACCUAGUCCCAUGGAUGUGUCGGCGGCUUGUUGAAGCCAUACCAAACACUAGGGCAAUAUGGACGUCAACAAAUGAAGCCAAGUUCAAGCAACUUUUUGUUUCUUAUGGUUGCUCCAUUGCAGCAUUCCGAUUAGGUUAUCUAAGGCCAGUUUUGAAAUUGGAUGCAUGUUUCUUGACCGGAUACUAUUGGGGCCACGUUCUAUCGGCUAGGGCACAUGAUGCGGACGAUGGGUUGUACCCCCUAGCAUAUGCCAUUGUGUCUAGUGAGAAUGAUGAAGACUGGUUAUGGUUCUUGGUUAAUCUUAAGGAAGUUCUUGGAGGAUGUCAAGUCGUCUUGGUCACCGAUUGGAAUACUUCUUUGCUCAAUGGUAUAAUAAAGGUUUUUGGCGGGGAUUGUAAUGCAUGGUGUCUCCGUCACCUAAAGGAAAACUUUAGCAAGUUUGCCAGCUCAAAGGGGUUGAAAGCUGAAAGAUGAAACACGGCUCUAAAGGUGGUUAAUGAUAUUGCGUACGCAAGGACGGAAGACUCAUUCAAGUAUCAUUUAGCCAAGUUGUAUGGAAUUUCGGAAGAUCUAUCAAAAUGGGUGGAAGAUAACAAUCCAAAGCACUGGUCUAAUGCUUUUUUCCCUUACAAGAGAUGGGACAAGAUGUACACGAACCUUGCUGAAUGUUUCAAUUCUUGGAUAUUGCCAUUAAGGGAUUUGGACAUCAUACAAUUUAUGACGGGACAUGUGUCGAAGACCACUGAAUUGUUGCUCCGUAAGCAUACCGAGGUUAGGAAAUGGAAAUUGCCAGUUGGCAAACAAAUUGAGAAGGAAAUUAAGAAGUCUCAAGAAUAUGCUCGAAAAUUUACGCAUUGAAACUCUUCGCCUACCGAGUUCAUUGUCGCAAAUGACACUAGAAAACUUUAUGCAGUCAAGCUGAUCCCUCGGCAUUACAGUUGUCUUGCUUGGCAGAUGUCCGGAAUUCCUUGCGCUCAUGCUGCUCGUGCUAUUCAAAGCUCUGGUUUUUGUAUUUAUGACAUGGUGGAUCCUUUCCUCAAAAAGGAGAUGCAAAUGGCGAUAUACGAUAAUACCAUGUCCCCAGUGCCGUUGCAUGACAUGCCUAGUCCAUCAUCAUUUUUGGCUGUGAACGACCUGAA